AAAAGAAAACGUAUCUAAAAAAUUUUCUCGAUACAUAAGUUUUUACUUUUUUUUUCUAUAAAUUUUAUUCACUUUUUGGACAAGGGAAAGAAAGACUAUUAAAGCUUCUUCUUAAUAAUAAAUAUAACUGACAUUUCGUGAAGAUUUUCCUCAUAAAAAGGAAAGCACCAAAAAACCCCAGAAUCUGAUUGGAAAGUAAUAUGAGUAAUGCUAUUAACCAAAAUGGCACAGGUCUAGAGCAGCAAGUUGCUGGUCUGGACUUGAAUGGCGGCAAAGCUAACAAUAGCAGCCCCAUAACAACAAAAAGUUCAUCUACUUCUAGCUCCGGCGUUUACGUGCCUCCACAUUUAAGAGGUGGUGGCGGGAAUAACAACGCUUCGCAAGCUAAUUCAAACGAUAAUCGUAGUGCUGGUUUAGACGACGUCAGAGGAAGUACUACAAGUGUUAGCGGAGGUGGAAGUAGUACGUCGUGUAAAUACGAUAGCGGUAGGGAUCAACAACAACAACAGCGUGGUGGCGAUUAUCGCCGUGGUGGCGGUGGUCGCAAUUUUAGUAAUCGUCAAAGCGGUGAUUUUAGCAGUUUUACUGGUGCACGCCGUGGUGGUGGGGGUAAUAACAGAUACGAAGAUAAUUAUAACGGCACUGACAACGAUUCUAGACGCGGGGGCGAGGAUUGGAAUCGCGGUGGACGCAAUCAAAAUCGUAAUUUUGAACGCGACAACUACCGGAGUGGACGCGGGGGUAGCAAUGGCGGUGGUGGCGGCGGCAAUGGCGGCUCCACACGCGACGAAGACCAACCACGAAACAAUCGUUGGCAAGAGCCAGAACGACGUCCCGAUGAUACCCGCAAUGGCGAGCAACGUAAAUAUGGCAACCGUUGGAAUGAGGAACGCGGUCGCGCUGACAUCGAUUACACCAAGUUGGGACCGCGUGACGAGCGUCUUGAACAAGAGUUGUUCGGAACCGGAAAUACCGGCAUUAAUUUUGACAAAUACGAGGAUAUACCCGUGGAAGCGACGGGUCAAAAUGCUCCUCCGCACAUCACAUCCUUCGAAGAUGUGCAGCUGACAGAGAUUAUACGCCAUAACGUGCAAAUGGCUAGAUAUGAUAAACCGACGCCGGUACAAAAGUACGCUAUACCAAUCAUUAUAAGUGGUCGCGACUUGAUGGCCUGUGCCCAGACCGGUUCAGGCAAAACAGCAGCGUUUUUGCUGCCCAUUCUUAAUCAAAUGUACGAGCAUGGCAUACCGGCACCGCCUCAAAAUACACGUGGUUAUAAUAGGCGUAGGCAAUAUCCGUUGGGUCUGGUGCUGGCACCGACCCGCGAGUUGGCCACACAGAUAUUCGAGGAGGCCAAAAAGUUUGCUUAUCGCUCUCGCAUGCGCCCAGCCGUCUUGUAUGGAGGCAAUAAUACCUCCGAACAAAUGCGUGAAUUGGAUCGCGGUUGUCAUUUGAUUGUCGCCACCCCAGGCCGCUUAGAAGACAUGAUAACGCGUGGCAAAGUUUGCCUCGACAAUAUACGUUUCUUGGUUCUCGACGAGGCCGAUCGAAUGUUAGAUAUGGGCUUUGAGCCACAGAUACGUCGCAUAGUCGAGCAAUCAAAUAUGCCCCCAACAGGACAGCGACAAACUCUUAUGUUCUCCGCUACUUUCCCAAAACAAAUCCAAGAAUUGGCCUCAGAUUUUUUGAAUAAUUAUAUAUUCUUAGCCGUCGGACGUGUAGGUUCUACUUCAGAGAAUAUUACUCAAACUAUACUGUGGGUGUCUGAGCAAAAUAAGCGUUCUUACUUAUUAGAUUUGCUGCAAUCCAUCCGUGAGGGCUCUGAGUACUCAAAAGAUCAUUUAACUUUAAUAUUCGUUGAGACUAAGAAGGGAGCCGAUAACCUAGAGGAGUUCUUAUACAGGUGCAACCAUCCUGUGACUAGUAUCCAUGGUGAUCGUACGCAAAAAGAACGCGAGGAAGCUUUACGUUGCUUUCGUUCAGGCGAUUGUCCCAUUUUAGUGGCCACGGCUGUUGCUGCACGUGGUUUGGAUAUACCGCAUGUGAAACAUGUAAUUAACUUCGAUUUACCCUCUGAUGUAGAGGAAUAUGUUCAUCGUAUUGGUCGCACUGGGCGAAUGGGCAAUCUUGGUGUUGCCACUUCAUUCUUUAAUGAAAAGAAUCGUAACAUUUGUGGUGACCUCCUCGAACUCUUGAUUGAGACUAAGCAAGAAGUACCAACAUUUUUAGAAGAAAUGAUGGCCGCAGAACGUUCGCAUGGCAGUGGUAAACGUCGCACCGGUGGCGGUGGCGGCAGUAGCGGCGGAGGAGGAGGGGGGAGCAGUGGUGGCUCUCGUUAUGGUAAUAGCUUUGGGUCGCGUGAUUAUCGCCAGCAAUCUGGCACUAAUCGCAACCGUCCUGGUGGUAAUAACGGCGGCGGUGGUGGCGGAGGCGGAGUCGGCGGUGGUAGCGGCUCCUAUCGUAGUAAUGGCACUUCAUCAUAUAAUAGUAACAGCAGUUAUUAUGCCGGCAAUUACGGCAAUGACUCGGGCAAUUAUGCUGGCAACAGCUCCUCUGGCCCCGAUUGGUGGGGCAAUUAAAAGCUAUGAAGAGCUUAAAAAGUUUUUUUUUUAAAUAGACUUGAAAAGAACGCAAAAAGGGUAGAGGAAAAUAUAAGCGUAAUAUGAAAGGCGGGUGAAUAACGGAAGAGAAAAAAGGCGAAAAAUGAUAGAAAAGAAAAAAUGAAAAGUAAAGCAAGCAUGAAUAUGGGAAGCGAUCCGUCAUUAUAUCAAGAUAUCAAAUAACAGACAACACAUAACAGAAAAUCAUAUAUAUUGGAAAAUGCAAUUAAUUAAAUAUUUAUGUAUAAAUUAUCCUAAACAAAAAAAAAAAAAAA